AUGGAACUGAGGCAAGAUUCGAUUUAUAUCAAGGCGAAUGCCGUCGAGAAGUUGGCCUAUGUUAGUUUUUUUCAAAAUUAAAGAGAUAAUUAUGAUAUUUUUCAGCUCCAAAUGUUGGGAUAUGAUAUUUCUUGGGCCGCUUUUAACAUAAUCGAAGUGAUGGCGUCGACAAAAUACACUGAGAAACGGAUUGGGUUGGUUUUUAUUUUUGAAAAAAAUAGUUCUGGAAAAAUGGUUUUUUUCUGUUAGAUUUUGUGGAGAUUUUUUUCUGAUUUUUUUAAGAUCUUUUCCGCUUUUUCCGGUGGCUUUUUUUAAAGUUUUUUUCCAGCGAUUUAAUGUUGAAAAAAAGUUGAAUUUGCAGCUCAAAGACUCAAAUUUUUGUCAAUUUUUUUGAGUAAAAUUUAAAUUUUUCCGUGUUAUUUUUAUUAGAUUUUCCUACAGUUUUCCUGGUUUUUUUGAGGUUUUUUCCGAAUUUACCGCUUUUUUUCUGUUUUCUAGAGGCUUCAGUCAAAACUUUGAAAAAAAUCUGAUUUUUUGCUUCUCCGCCUAAAAAAAUACUUUUUAUUAAUUCGAAAUUUCCUAUUGAAGAUUAAUUUUUUUGUGGUUUUCGAUGGAAUUUUGUAUAUCUUUCCUUAGGUCUUUUUCUGUUUUUUUCCGGGUUCUUUUUGUCUUUUUUUCUUUAUUCUUCAACGGUUUCAAAGUGGAAAAUUCGAUGUCCUGAAAGAUGAAUUUUUCUCAAUUUUCGGUUCAUAAAUAAUUAUUUUUUUCAGUUAUCUCGCCGCCGCUCAAUGCUUCCACGACGAGACGGAAGUUCUCAUGUUGACCACCAAUUUAAUAAGAAAAGAUGUUAAUUGGUAUAAAUUAAAUCUCCUCAGAAAAUCCAAAAAUUGUUUCCAGUGCAAACAUGUACGAUUCCGGCGUCGCCCUGGGCGGUCUUUCUUGUUUCGUGACGCCCGAUUUGGCCCGGGAUCUCGCUUCGGAUGUUCUGAACCUGGUUGGGAGUUUUCUGAGAAGAAAAUGUUCUUAGGAACUUCUGAGGGGUUCCUAUAGGGGCAACUUAAGGGCUCAUGAAGAUUCCCCUAAAGGGACCACUUCACCUUUUUUUUUUUAGGGGGGACUUAAUCUUGCAAAAGUGGCCUUUUAAGGGGAGCAAGUUUCAUUAAAUAAACCUUUUCAAUUUUUCAAAUGAGAAAAAAAUUGGAGAACCCCAUAGGGGCCACUUGAGCUUUACAGGCUCAAGAUCAGACCUUAAACCCCUAUAGGGACCACUUGAAUUAAACUGAUUUGUGUGACUGUUUUUCCUGAUCCUUAAAGGCACCUCUCUGCUAGUUCCAAGAAGUUCUCAGAGGCUUUAAUAAUAUAGCGACUUUCAAACAGGGAUUUUAGAGAUUUAGCGAAACAGGAAAAUAAUGAAGAAUAUAUUUUUGAAGUGAAGGUUUCAAAUAAUUCGUUGUGAUUCCAAAUUCCCCGAAGAAAUUUGACUUUUUUCUUCGAAAUUUUUAGAGCUUAGCUGAAAAAAAUUAAUAGAAAACUAGGUUUCCAGAAAAGAAUGUGCGAAAAAUGGGGUAAUUUGCGCUCCAACGCUAAUUUAUAUUUUUUUCUCCGAUUUUUUUCUGGUUUUUUUCAAAAGAUAUUUUUGUGAAAAAAAGCCUUUAAAUGAAAAUAUUCAAAAAAAUGUUGAAAAAAAGACAGAAUUUUUAGAGGCUUCAUUUGAUAAUUUUUGAGGUAUUUUUCAGCUUUGAAAAAUAAAUUUUUUUGAGGAAAAAUGGAAUAAUUCAAUGAAUUUGUGCCUUUUUGAUUAGCCGUGGAGCGGACUUCUCCAGCUUUUUGGCCAUUUUAAUCAAUUAAAAAUUUUUUUCUCGCUUUUUUUUUUACCUGUGAUUUUUCCAGUUGACCUCUUCCCCGACCGUACACUCGAAAAAGAGCCGUUCUUCUGUUGUUCAAAAUAUUUCUGAAAUAUCCCGACGCCCUGCGCCCGACCUUUCCCAGGUUGAAAGAAAAAAAUUGGAAGAUCCGGAUCCAGGUAAUUUUUUUGCGGUUUUUUUAUAGAUUAAAAAUAAAAAAAUUGAGGUGUUCAAAGCGCGGCGGUCAAUGUAAUUUGUGAACUGGCGAGGAAAAAAAUCCGAGGAAUUAUUUGA